UCCCAUCUCCCUUGUUCUGUCCUCAUCUGUGGAGCUGCGGUCUGUGAGGUGGUGGGAGCCGCAGGCGGGACUCAGGGGGCCCAGGAAACCAGAAAUGGACUCAGUGGCCUUUGAGGAUGUUAAUGUGGAGUUCACCAUGGAGGAGUGGGCUUUCCUGGAUCCGACCCAGAAGAAACUCUACACAGAUGUGAUGCUGGAAACCUUCUGGAACCUGGCAUCAGUAGCAUGUAUUUUAGAAGAAAAAUGUGAAGACCAUGACAGUGAAGAUCAGUAUGAACAUCAUGGAAUGAAUCUUAGCAAUCAUAUGGUAGAGAGCCUCUGUAAAUGGAAGGAUGGUAGUCAAUGCAGAGAAAACUUCAGACAGAUUCCAAAUCAUAAUGAAAGGAAGAAAACUCCUACUGAAAUACAACUACCCACAUCCAGGUUGUGUAGACAAGUCUUCAUGCAUUAUUUAUCCUUUAAUAAUCUCGUGAGCUCUGACACUGGACCCCAACUAUACCAGUGUGAGGAGUAUGAAGAGAAGCCUUAUAAAUGUAAGGAAUGUGGGAAAGCUUUCAAGCAUCUCCGAUAUAUUAAUGUACAUGAAAAGAAACACAGUGGAGAAAGGCCCUAUGAAUGUACAAAAUGUGGUAAAGCCUACAGGUAUUUAAGUAACUUAUGUCGACAUGUAAGAACUCAUACUCAAGAGAAAUUCUAUGAGUGUAAGAAGUGUGGGAAAGCCUGGAGUUCUCUCCUCAUAUUUCAAAGACACAUGAUCAAGCACACUAGAGAUGGACCUUUUAAAUGUAAGGAGUGUGGGAAAGAGUUCCGAUGUCCAAGAAACUUUCGACAUCAUGAGAUGAUACACAAUGGAGAAAGGCCCUAUGAGUGUAAGGACUGUGCUAAAGCCUUCAGUUCCCUCAAAUAUCUUAAAAACCAUAAAAGGACGCAUGAUGGGAAGAAGCCUUAUCAAUGUAAGGAAUGUGGUAAAGCUUUCCGUUACCCCACAUCCCUUAGAAAUCAUGAGAUAGCUCACACUGGGGAGAAACCCUAUGAGUGUAAGCAAUGUGGGAAAGCCUUUAGCCGUCUCAGUUACUUUCAAGUUCAUGAAAAAACUCAUAGUGAAGAGAAACCAUAUGAGUGUCAACAAUGUGGCAAAGCUUUUCGUUCUCUCAAGUCCUCUCGAGUACAUGAAAGAACACACAGUGGAGAAAAGCCCUACGAAUGUAUAGAAUGUGGUAAAAUCUUCAGUUACUCAAGCAGUUUACAUAAGCAUUUGAAAACACACUCUAGAGAUAAACCCUGUUAAUGUAAAGAAUGUGGGAGAGCCUUAUUUUAUCUUUCAGCUGUGCAAUCACAUAUGAUGCUCCAGAUUGGGGAUGGGCCCUAGAAAUGUCAGGAGGGUUAGAAAGCAUUCAUUUCUUCCAGUGUAUUAUAUGGAAUGAAAGAACUCACACUGAAGAGAGGACUUGUCAAUAUAAAGAUUGUAGAAAAGCCUUGGGUUGCCCUAGUUCUUAUAAAAUCAUGCCCAAGAAUAAGUCUACGAAGAUAAGGAAUGUGGGAGAGCCUUUCUUGGACAUGUAAGAACGUACAUGGAGAGAGAGUGUAUAAAUAUAGAGAAUGUGCAAGAGCCUUCAGCUGUCCCCUUUUUCUUGGAAAGGCCAUGAAAAAAACUCAAAAGUGGAGAGAAUUCUAUUGAAUGUAAACGAUGUAGGAAAACCUUCAUUUAGCCUCAUAUCCCCACAAUGCCAUGUGAGAAUGUACACAGAAUAGGAAUUGUAUAAUGCUAGUGAAGACAAACUUUUAACAAAUACAUUCAGAGGCGCUUGUAAACUGCACUGGAAGGCAAUCAUAUUGCUGUAACUAGUACAUGUAAGCCAGGUGCAAAUUAAUUCCUAUACUUCCAAAAAUUCACAACAUGAAAGAAAUGCUAUAAGCAUUUAGACAUUUAUGGUCAUUAACACUGACUCAUUCUUAAAAUGAUUCUCUGUAGUACGGAAUUCUACUUUUGCAAGUAGAGGUUAUAUAAUUCUGUAGAAAAAACUCUUUAAGCCAGAGUUUGUAAGUUUAACAGUUUGGUGUUUUUUUGGGUUUUUUUUUUUUUGCCUUUUAGUCAGAUAAUAAACAUUUAUUUUUAUUACAUCCAUGGGUGAAUGGAAGUGGUUUACUAAUAUGCAAGUGGGUUUAACUUUUAUGUAAUUUUUGUAAUUGUUCUGUAAGGAAAGGAACAUUGAAAAAUGAUACUUGGGUAUUUGUUCUUUUUCCCUACUGGCCUCCUGUGACAAGUAUUGAAUAAAUAUUCCUCACCCAUAUAUAUAAUCUAUUUUAACAGAAAAGUGCCUUUUCAUUGGCCUGAAGAGCCUUACUCCAUUUUCCUGUAAAUAUGUUUUUUAGUUUUUCCAUUACAGUUGACAUUCAGUAUUAUUUAAGUCAAUAAAUAUUUGCGAUACAUUUGUACAUAUGCAAAGUUCAUUGUAGAGCCUCAUGUGAUUUUUUUCCAUCUAUAGUCCUUCACUUUUGCCUGGGUUUGGACUAUGAAGUUUUCAUUAAGAAAAGAAUACCUGUGAUUGGACAAUAAGAUUUAGAGGCAGAGAUGACCCUUCCUGACUCUGUUAGGUCAACAUGAGGAAUGUUGUGAACUACAUUUUCCACAAUCUAGUGCCUUUAUGGUUCCGUGUUAGAAAUCACCAAGGCCUCACUUCCAUGAAACUUGAAUGCAGAAGUGAAAUUGGGUUACACUGGUUUUGAAGCCACGUGUGUAGAGGAGAUGGUAAUACUUUCAACAAUAAAGAAUUAUUUUAAAUAAUAAAAAUAAAAUCUGUGGUCAUCAAAAAAAAAAAAAAAAUUUAUACUUUCAACCUGGCCAGGUAGCUCAGUUGGUUAGUGUUGUCCCAAUAUACCAGCCAAGUUUACAGGAUCAAUCCUGGGUCAGGGCACACAGAACCAUCAACCAAUGAAUGCAUAAAUAAGUGGAACAACAGAUUGCUGUUUCUCAGUCUUUCUUCCUUCUUCUA